AUGUUUGCUGCUCGUCGAUCCUUCUCCCUCUUCCAGAAGCGCUCCUUCUCCGCUUCUGCCGCUCAGGCCUCCAAGGUCGCCGUUCUCGGCGCUGGCGGUGGCAUUGGCCAGCCUCUCUCCCUGCUGCUGAAGCUCAACCCCCGUGUCUCUGACCUCGCCCUCUACGAUAUCCGUGGUGGACCCGGUGUCGCCGCUGAUCUCAGCCACAUCAACACCAACAGCGUCGUCACCGGCUACAACCCCGACGAGGCUGGCCUCGCUUCCUGCCUGAAGGAUGCCGAGAUUGUCCUCAUCCCCGCUGGUGUCCCCCGCAAGCCCGGUAUGACCCGUGACGAUCUGUUCAACACCAACGCCUCCAUCGUCCGUGACCUGGCCAAGGCUGCUGCCAAGUCCGCCCCUAACGCCAACAUCCUGGUCAUCGCCAACCCGGUCAACUCCACCGUCCCCAUCGUCUCCGAGGUCUUCAAGGCCGCCGGUGUCUACAACCCCAAGCGCCUCUUCGGUGUCACCACCCUGGACGUCGUCCGCGCCUCGCGCUUCAUCUCCCAGGUCCAGUCCACCGACCCCGCCGCCGAGAAGGUCACCGUCGUCGGUGGUCACUCCGGUGUCACCAUCGUCCCCCUUCUGUCCCAGUCCAACCACGCCUCCAUCACUGGCGAGGCUCGCGACGCUCUCGUCAACCGCAUCCAGUUCGGUGGUGACGAGGUCGUCAAGGCCAAGGACGGUGCUGGCUCCGCUACCCUCUCCAUGGCUAUGGCCGGUGCCCGCUUCGCUGAGUCUCUGCUCCGCGCUGCUCAGGGUGAGAAGGGUGUUGUUGAGCCUACCUUCGUUGAGUCUCCUCUCUUCAAGGACCAGGGUGUCAACUUCUUCGCUUCCAAGGUUGAGCUUGGCCCCAACGGUGCUGAGAAGAUCCACGAGGUUGGCCCCGUCAACGAGUAUGAGCAGAAGCUUCUUGAUGCUUGCCUCGUUGACCUGAAGAAGAACAUCCAGAAGGGUGUUGACUUCGUCAAGGCUAACCCUUAA